ACCAUUCUUCCUUCAUCAACUUACACCACAGCCUUAUCCUUCACUUCCCGCAAUAACCUUAACCUACGCACAACCCACCUAUCUGCAUUCCAUUCAAAAUCCCAUCUUUUCUCUUUCAACAAUUCCCCUUCACAUCCUCAUGCUACUAAAACUCGCAACUCUAGAAAGCCCCGCAUCUUUCUUCCUCAUUUGGUGGCUUCCAUGGAACAAGUUGAUGAGACUUACAUUAUGGUCAAGCCUGAUGGUGUUCAACGUGGCCUUGUUGGAGAAAUAAUCUCGAGGUUUGAGAAGAAAGGAUUUAAACUGACUGGUUUGAAGCUCUUCCAAUGCCCUAAAGAAUUGGCAGAGGAGCACUAUAAGGAUCUCAAGGCCAAGCCUUUCUUCCCUGGUCUGAUCGAUUACAUCACUUCUGGUCCAGUUGUGUGUAUGGCAUGGGAAGGUGUUGGGGUUGUAGCAUCAGCACGUAAGCUAAUAGGGUCCACAGAUCCUCUUAAGGCCGAACCAGGCACAAUAAGAGGAGAUCUUGCUGUUCAAACAGGAAGGAAUGUGGUUCAUGGCAGUGACAGCCCUGAAAAUGGAAAGCGUGAAAUAGGUGGGACUGCUUAUGCCCUUUGUUUAGUUAUGUAAAUCAAGCACAAAUGAUUCUAUUGUUAAUGAUUUUCCGAGUACAGAUAUAUUCUUGUUUUCUGAAUAGAUAAUGCAAUAUGUGAUGAAAAUGAAUUCCA